CUCGACCUGCUACAAUUAAAUGGCUCCUACACACAAGGGUAUUUGAAUCUCCUUAGAGUUGAGACUCGCUUAUUUUACAAGAAAUAAACUCGUCUGAUCUAGAACAAACAAAAAUUUUGCAAAAUGGCUGCUCCUCCUCCUUCCCCACAAGUGAAAAGUGUCAAAUUUACACUCAGAGACCCUGUACCCUUGACCCUGCCCGGCCCUAAGAGUGGUCACGUGAUCCGGAGCAACUGUCACGUGACUGAACUGAACCCAUACUCAAGAACCGUUACAUACAUAUCAUUCAGAAACUACUACUCCCACACUCUGUCAGUUAAGUACCUACCGCAGGAAAAGGCUCUUUCACAACCGGAGAGCUGGUGUUAUUGCUUGAAAAACUACGUAUUAAUGAAAAGUGGCCCACACAGCGAAACGGGUGGACAAGAUUGGUUUAAUAUCGAAAUUAAUUUGAGCGACGUUGAAAGGUUAAGGCUCAUCUUGAGACAACCGUCGUCAAAUUGGGAGCAAUUUCAUAUCAGCGACAUACAGCUUUAUUGCAAGGUCUAUUCCCAUUCUGCAGAGACUGAUACUCAUUCUGCAGAGAUUGAUACUUGUUCUGCAGAGACUGAUACUCAUUCUGAUAGCAUGGAAAUAGUUGAAAAGAUGUUAGAAAUAACAAGACGAUUAUCAGAAAAUAAUUAACACAAAAACACAACAGCGAGAGAGAAGGAUUUAACAUCAACUAUUAAUUACAAACAUGCAAAUAGUCAUACACCAAAAUGUGUACUAAUUCAUUCUCAUUAUUAUUAUUAUUAUUAAUAAUAUAAAGUCAGUUUUUGUCUGUAAUUUCGUAAAAUACAAAUCUGAGACGUCUUUCC